GUCUGAUGUUGAAAAUAUAUUUCAAAAAAUUAUUAUCAAAAUUUAUAUAUACUAUUUAUUGAUUAUAUUUAACAUGGAUUAUAUUCUGCAUGCAUCAGUGGUCCAUAGAGAAAAAAACGACUGUACAGUGUUAGCUUCUUAUCCUUUUGAGGAUAAUCCUUAUUAUAGAGACGUGGUUGUUAAUACUAUUCUGGAUUUAACGGGUGUUGAAGAUGAUCAAAUUUGUAUUCCAAGUGAGAGAUUUACUGUGCAUAUGCUUACUGGAGAAUUAUAUUAUGUAUGUUUGACACCAAAUGAAUGUUCACUGGAUACAAAAUUUGAUGCGCAAGAAUUUUUGGAACAAGUUAGAAGUGUAUAUCGUGAUUUGGCUAUUUUAACAGAUUUUACACAUGAAUCACUUAAAGUAACAAAGAUUAAUUUUUCCGAGCCGUUAUUAAAAAUUAUAACGACUAAAAAUUAUCAAGAAGUCCCUUCUUUGCCAAUAGUAAAAGACGAACUCGCUCAAGUGAGAAAAGUACUGAUUGAAUCUGUACAAAAACUUAUUGACAGAGGUCAAAGACUUGAAGAGCUUGUGAAAAAAACUCAAAAGUUAGAAAUAACGAUGCGAAAAGAUUUUCAAUUGGCUCAGUAUUCAUCGAAAAAAAAACAAAACAUCUGGUUUGCUGCUCUUUUAUCGAUUGUAAUGCUUUUGACAAGUUUAGCGUUUGGUAUUUUUAUUUAUAUUGAAUUUAUGUAACACUUAUAUUUAUAUAGACAGAAGAUAAUGGCAUGACAUGACAUUUAAUCAGUAAUUUUUUAUUUUAUAUAUGACACCAGUAUUAAAAAUUUUUUUUUCAACAGAUUUGUCAAUCAGUAAAAAGUGUCGCAAUCGUAUCCGACAUCAAAUUUUUAGCCGCACGAAAUAU